ACAGCAAUUUCAGAGAAAUUAAGUUUAUAGAAUAAAAAUAAUAUAAAAACAGGCACCCACAUAUACCACGCAGCAGCAGCAGUCAACGGAUCCAUCUAAUAGGAUUACGCGCUGCCUUACAGUUGCCGGAUUAAUACGACAACUCAAACAAGGAGCAGGGAACCGGGCAUCCGUGCAGCUUCUUUGCCAGAGUGGAGAGAUUUACCUGCCACUGCUGUUGCUCCUUCCCCUGCUUGAUUGCUUGCGUCAUGUGCUUAGCGUAGCUGCUGUGGAUGCGCCGCAAUGUGGACUUAUAUGAUGGCUGCCGCCCGCGGAGAUCGGGUCAACACAAUGAUGUCCAGCAGACGACGCCCCGAAAUCGAAUCACCCAAAUACGGUUACAACCUCUCCCGUCCCAUGUAUCGCACUACACGCUUUGUUGGAGCGACCGCCUCGGCGCCUGCCCAGCUGCCCUACGGCGGCGGCGGCAGCAGUAGCACCAGUUCCAGCUGCACAGCUGCCCAGUUGCCGUUGCCGCACGAGGAGCUGGAGAUCAGCGGCGGUUUGUAUGCACCCUUUCAGCCAACGGGCGCUGUCAGUAACGAGAGCGUUUGUCUGCCUCGUAAGCAUUUAAUUGCCAACCAAACGGCUAUACCGUUGCCCAUGGGUCCAGCCACAAGUGCCGAGCGUGAGGAACAGCGCCUGCACUAUCUGCGUAGCAGUGGCAGCUGGCAGCGCACGCAACCGGACUACGAUGAAGACGACGAUGAAGAUGACGACGAUGACGUUGACCAUGAGGAUGAUGAGGAGUCGGUGGCGGCAGCGACUGCAGCGGCAGAUGUGGUUGGCUAUGCCGAUGUUAAUGGCAAGGACAACCAGGAGGAGGCGAUUGCGCCCGCUGAACCAAAGCAGAUGGCUCCCGGCGAUGCCAACUAUCUGGAGAAUGGCAGGAAGCUGAUACAAGAGCCGAACAAACGGAGCAAACCAUCCGCGCUGAGGAGAACGCUGCAGGCGUUGCGACAACGCCUCACGAAACGCAAUCGCGCCAAGCCGCCCGACUGGUUCCUCGAGAAGUUCUCCAACACAACGAAUACGGAUAAAAUAGGCAAAACUGGCGCCAUGGAUGAUGCGGCGUUGUCCAGUGAAAUACGCGGCACCAGCGCCCUCUGCAAUCGCCUCUCCGUCGAUCCAACGUUGCAGUCACAUUACAGGUGGCUCGCCGUGGUGUCGCUAGCGGUGCUCUAUAAUAUCAUCUUUGUGGUGGGUCGUUCCGUUUUCUGGGAGAUCAACAAGAGUGCGCCCGCCGUUUGGUAUACGCUGGAUUAUCUAUGCGAUUUAAUCUACCUGCUGGAUACGCUGGUGCAUAUGCACGAAGGCUUUCUGGACCAGGGUCUUUUAGUGCGCGAUGCGUUCCGGCUGCGUCGCCAUUACUUUCACACCAAGGGCUGGUAUGUGGACGUGCUGUCGAUGCUGCCCACAGACAUCGCGUACAUCUGGUGGCCACCGGAGACGUGCUCCAGCCUGUAUUUACCCUGUCCGGUCAUUGUGCGGCUGAACCGCCUGCUCCGCCUGCCCCGCCUCAUGGAGUGGUUCGAUCGCACAGAGACAGCCACUGGCUAUCCGAAUGCGUUUCGUAUCUGCAAAGUGGUGCUGGCUAUUCUGGUGCUGAUCCAUUGGAAUGCGUGCAUGUAUUUCGCGAUUAGCUACGAGAUUGGCUUCAGCUCCGACUCUUGGGUGUAUAAUUUGAAUGGUACAAGGAAUAAUACGCUGCAACGUCAAUAUAUCUACAGUUUCUACUGGUCCACGCUGACGCUGACGACAAUUGGGGAGACACCGACACCAGAGAAUGAUGUGGAAUAUUUAUUUGUGGUCGCCGACUUUCUCGCCGGCGUACUCAUCUUUGCCACCAUUGUGGGUAACAUUGGUUCGAUGAUAUCGAACAUGAACGUGGCUCGCGUGGAGUUCCAGAACCGCAUGGAUGGCGUCAAGCAGUACAUGGCCUUCCGGAGGGUGGGGCACGAGCUAGAGGCACGUGUGAUUCGCUGGUUUGCCUACACGUGGUCCCAGAGCGGCGCAUUGGAUGAGGAGCGAGUGCUGGCAGCGCUGCCCGAUAAGCUGAAGGCAGAGAUUGCCAUACAGGUGCACAUGGAUACACUGAAGCAGGUGCGCAUCUUUCACGAUACAGAGCCUGGUCUGCUGGAGGCGCUGGUGCUCAAGCUGAAGCUGCAGGUCUUCAGUCCCGGUGAUUACAUCUGUCGCAAGGGCGACGUCGGCAAGGAGAUGUACAUCGUGAAGCGUGGCAAGCUGUCAGUUGUGGGUGACAAUGGCAUUACGGUGCUGGCCACUUUGGGCGCUGGCUCAGUCUUUGGGGAGGUUUCCGUAUUGGAAAUUGCCGGCAAUCGGACGGGCAAUCGACGCACAGCCAAUGUCCGUUCGCUGGGUUAUUCCGAUCUUUUUUGUCUGGCCAAACGGGAUUUAUGGGAAACCUUGGCCGAUUAUCCGGAGGCACGCUCCACGCUCACCCAACGUGGCUGUCAGUUGCUGCGGAAGGAUGGACUGCUCGAUGAGCAAAUCUUUGCCGAUUCGCAGCGCGUUCACGACAGCAUUGAGGGAGGUAUUGAGAAACUGGAGCUGUCCGUGGAGAACCUCAACAUGCGUCUGGCCCGUCUGUUGGCCGAAUAUACGGCCAGUCAGGCCAAAAUCAAGCAGCGUCUGGCCAAACUGGAGCUCAAUGGCGGCGGUGCACUUGGAGGUGGAGGCGGCUUAGGUGGUGCUGGUCGGGAGAGUGAACCUCAGAUGCGAGCACGUAGCGGUCGGUUGUAUUCGCUGCAGACCAAACGGCGCCCACGUGCGCGCCUUGAAGCUGCCGCCAAAUGUGGCGAUGCGGCCAAACAACACACGCUUUAAAUGGCAGGGGUAGGGGCAUGGGCAGAAGCAGGGGGAUCCAGCAAGUAAAUGGCGACAUUCCAAGUGCUCCACAUGUUCCACAUAUAUAGAUAUAGAUAUACAUAUACAUAUAGAAAUAUGCCUGCGCUUCCCUCUCUGGCAAAAAAUGGUGAUAAAUGCAUUGAGCUUGAGGAAGUUAUAAUUAUAAAAAAUGGAAGCAGACUAGAAAGUUUCAUGGCUGGAAGUUGAGGGAGUGUUGGGAAGGGGUUAAGAGGUUUUGGGGGGUAUAGUAUUUGGCAGGGCGCCAAUUCGUUUCGCGGGUAAAUCAAUUUUUAAUUUUUACAUUUAGUUUUAGGGCUGUGCUGGCAGGAAAACUGUUUUGUCGGAGAAUUUUCAGUGAUUUUUUUGUUUUUAGUUUUGUUUUUAUUGUAAGCGCAACUUUAUAAAAUUGUAAUUUUAUCGAAAACUGAAUGUGCCUCAAAGUGUGUAAAAGUAGAUUAGUUAAGAGCAACUGGAACGUUAGAGAAAACAAAUUAAAUAGCCAACAGAAGGAAAUAGGAAGAGAGUGAAAGCUAGCAGAGCCAAGUCCCAUAAAGCAUAUAAGUAAUAAAACCACAAAGAUUGCUGUACAUACGUAUGCAAAAGCCGAGCAAAACAUUGUGAAUGCAACUCGGCAAUAGUCCAAUUUUAUAAGCUAGAUGAUUUUAUUUUUCUAAAACUAUAACCGUUUGAAAAUACUUAUGCGAUGCAUAAAUGUGCUUAGGUCCAAAUACGAGUAUAUAUAAAACAAAAACACUAACAACAACAACCACCAAGACACAUUUGCUGAAACUGCUGCGAUUCUGUGUGAACGUAUAAAAAAAAACAAAACGAAAUAAUAAAAUACAUAGCAACAGUAAAUAAAAACGCAUUUCGUACUUGUCACACUUCAGUGCACCUUAUCGUUUCCUGUGCCGCAACAGAUAGUAAUAACUGUGAAGUGGAUGCAACCUUUAGUUGUCUGCGUAGAAAAAACA